CAGACUCCCAAGCGCCCUAAGGGACGGAAACCGGGGCGGAAGGCGGGGCCUUCCCACGGCCCCUCGAGGUCCGGCGGGCGGUGCGCUCGCUGACGGACCGCGGGACGCAGCCUUCGUCUCGGGCAGCGCCGAGGCGCACGCCAGGGUCCCUCGCGAAGUUGGCUCCAGGGGGAAGCCCGUCAAACGAGGGCCGGGUGGGGGCUUAGGACACACACACACACUUAUUCUCCAGGGCCACGGCGGGCACCGGGGAGCCGGCGGCGCGGGCUAAGGACGGCGCGGACACCGACACCCUGCCACAGGCAGCGGACACGGGCGGCACCCCGGCGUCCCUGUCAGCCGAGGCCCGGCGCGGCGCAACAGCUGAGCGCGGGGCGGCGCAGAGAGGCUGUACCUGUCAGAUGGUGGCAGAAAAAGAGACCCUGAGCUUAAACAAAUGCCCAGACAAGAUGCCGAAGAGGACCAAGCUGCCGUUCCCGGUGCACCAGCCUCACUCCCUGGUUUCUGAGGGCUUCACAGUCAAAGCCAUGAUGAAAAACUCAGUCGUGAGAGGGCCGCCAACUGCAGGAGCAUUUAAAGAAAGACCAACGAAGCCCACAGCAUUUCGAAAAUUUUAUGAACGAGGGGACUUCCCAAUUGCCCUUGAACACGAUUCGAAAGGAAACAAAAUAGCGUGGAAGGUAGAAAUUGAGAAGCUGGAUUACCAUCAUUAUCUGCCUCUGUUUUUUGAUGGGCUCUGUGAAAUGACAUUUCCCUAUGAAUUUUUUGCUCGGCAAGGAGUCCACGACAUGCUGGAACACGGGGGGAACAAGAUUCUUCCUGUCAUUCCACAGCUCAUUAUCCCGAUAAAAAAUGCCUUGAACCUCCGAAACCGACAGGUCAUCUGCGUCACUCUCAAAGUCCUACAGCAUCUGGUUGUGUCAGCUGAGAUGGUGGGUGAAGCUUUGGUGCCCUAUUACCGUCAAAUCCUCCCCAUCCUGAACAUCUUUAAGAAUAUGAAUGUAAACUCCGGGGACGGCAUCGACUACAGCCAGCAGAAGCGAGAGAACGUCGGGGACCUGAUCCAGGAGACGCUGGAGGCCUUGGAGCGCUCCGGAGGAGAAGACGCCUUCAUCAACAUCAAGUACAUGGUCCCGACCUACGAGUCGUGCCUGCUAAAUUAGCAGUGGGAACAGCUAGGAUUCGAGGAAGGCUUCUCCUACCUUCUGAUCAUCCGUCUCUGCUGCUGUUAGCAUCUCAUUAUCGGUGACUUCUACGGCUCCCUUUUCUACAGCUGCUAAAAUAGUAGCUCACGGGCCAUUGGACUUCUAGCCCUAUUGAGAGCAAGGCUUUCCAAUACACAAAUAGUGCCUGUUUCUUAGAUU